AUGGCAAAGCAUCAUCCAGACCUUAUUUUCUGCAGGAAACAACCAGGUGUUGCUAUCGGUCGUCUGUGUGAAAAGUGUGAUGGGAAGUGCGUUAUUUGUGAUUCUUAUGUUCGCCCGUGUACUCUUGUUCGCAUAUGUGACGAGUGUAAUUACGGAUCAUAUCAAGGACGUUGUGUUAUAUGUGGUGGUCCAGGGGUUUCGGACGCUUAUUACUGUCGACAGUGCACGUGUCUGGAAAAGGAUAGAGAUGGGUGCCCUAAAAUCGUCAAUUUAGGAAGUGCGAAAACUGAUCUGUUUUAUGAACGUAAAAAAUAUGGAUUCAAAAAACGUUGA